GUGCUUGAUUUGGGAUUCAUGUUCUUUCAAAUAUUUCUUCGCGAUCGAAUCGCGAUUCAUUCUUCUAUCACGUAGACAUUGUGUGCAUUAAAUACUACGAUUAAUCGCGCUCUGACUUUGUGUAUAUCUGUGUUAUUUUACAAAUUAUUCGUUUCACCUAUGAAAUAUGAAUCAAACUUCUGCUCGAAAAUUUCCCGAUGUUGCUCUGUCUGCUGUGUUGCUCUGAACGUCAUCGAUGGAAAUGUGUAGACAAUUUUAAUAAAUCCAUUAUCGAUCGAAACUAGCCGAGUAUAUUACAGAGCUACGAUUUCGGCAAAUCAAAAAUCGACUAGUUAGCGAAGAAACGCUAAAGAUUUUCAAAUUUUCAAUCUUUCAAAUUGGCUCCUCGACAAUAUCAUUUCUAUCAAGAAAAGUUUCGUCUAUUUGGAAAAUUGUAACCACCUCGUAGUUCUUUUUAGAAGAAUGGUGCUGGUGGUAAACGGGGUCCUACAAGAGGACAUUCCAACGGAUAGCAGAUCGCUGUACGUAGCUCAUCCGGUAUAUCGUGAAACCGCAACCCAACUUCAGUUGAUGCCAGCAAAAUUAGUGGGACCGAUGGGACUUCUUUACGUACGUCAAAGGGAAAUGGCCGCUACUUUGCCACACGACAAAAAUGUGAGCAUCAUUGGUUCGGAUGAUAUGACUACCUGUAUAAUUGUCGUUGUGAGGCAUUCCGGUUCCGGUGCUGCCGCGUUAGCGCACCUGGAUGGUGCUGGCACAGAAGAUGCAGCAGCAGCAAUGAUCCAGAGGGUAACAGAACUCGCCCUUGGAUUUCCAGAGGGUCGUCUGGAACUACAACUCGUCGGUGGUUAUUCCGAUCCAAGAAAUUAUUCCGAAGAAUUGUUUUGCAAUAUUCUUUCGGCAUUUCACAAGCAACCAGUGGAGAUCGAUCUUACUAUAUGCUGUGUAGGCGAAUUGAACACUACGAUAAGAGGUAGCACUCAUUGGCCGAUAAUAUAUGGUAUCGGAUUGAAUGUAAAAACAGGCGAGAUUUUCCCUGCAACUUUUCCCGACAAGGGACCCGACCAGGCGCUGAGAUGCGCUAGGCAUUUAACCGGAGGUCAACAGGUUCUGGAUGUUUACGACUGUACGCUUGGUUUACUUAGAAUCGGACCGUUCAACUAUGAUCCUUUGAGAGGGGUCGAUCUCUGGUUAGCCCAAUCCGAUCAGUUUAUUCUACAACAUCUUUCAACUGCGCCGGAAGUUGAACUGCCACAUUUUGUAUCACAGGUACGCGCAACACUCAAGUACAUACAGGACAAUCAGUUUCCGGCUGUCACCGUCUUCCGUGAUAAUCGACCCCAUUAUUAUCGCCGGGAUGAAACCACCGGUGUUUGGCAACCUAUACGAUAUUGAUAUCGAGUAUUCGAGUUAUGCGUAAAGGCUUAUAUGAAAGAUAUUAUUAAAAUCACGAUUAGUGAAAUUUUCAUGAUAAUACAAGAUUCCUAUAGGGUUUAAAUAAGUCAAAUAAUUCAAGAGUAACGAAAUGAAGAAUUUCUAUUAUGAAAAAUCUGCAUAAUAAUAUGGAUGGUACAAUGAUUGA